UGUAAUGUCAAAUUCGAACAACACUUGUGCCGGUACCAAAUAACCCAAGUUAAUUUAUUUUGUUUUUUUCUUUAAGUCAAUAUUAUAAGUUGUUUUAACACAAUAAAUAUUUAAAUAGUCAUAUAAGGAGACUUUUAUAUUAUAAUUCAUUUCCCUUUUCUAAAUCAAAAUGUGGAAUGAUCAAUCUGUGGCUGGUGGAGGAUUUUUUAAUUCCCCUAAUCAAUUUGGAAAUGCGGUGACCCCUAAUCAAGCACAAAAAACUGGUCGAAGAACUUCUCGUACUGCACCUAUUGUCAUAAGACAAGCUUUACAUUGUGGUGAUGAUGGGGUAAAGAUCUGGGGCACUGAGAUACAAAUUAUCUCAGUAGUAGCUCGACUAAAAAAUAUUAGAACACAAAGUACCAAAAUUACAUAUACAAUUCAGGAUAUAACUGGAAGGAUGAGAGCAGUUCUUUGGUUAGACCAAGAUGCCAUGGAUGAAGAUGAUAAAACAGCACCAAAUGUUCAAGUAAAUGAUUAUGUACAAAUUUUUGGAAAUGUGAAAACCAACAAAGGGAAGAAAGUCUUGAUGGCAUUCAAAAUCAUUCCAAUAAAUGAUGUAAAUGAAAUUACAUUCCAUUAUUUGCAAUGUAUUAACAAUAAAGUUAAAAUGGAAGCUGAUUCAAAGAAGGAAAAAAUUGUCAGCAACAAUGUACCUUCGGGACUGCCAGCAAAUUCAAUGUUGGGAAUCACUGAUAAUAACCAGUCUGUAAAUGGGUUGAAUGCGAGACAAAUGAUGGUUUUCAAUCUGAUACGUGUAUCUACUUUAGAGCAAGGAAUAAGCAAAGAUGACAUGUAUUCAACAUUGAAGGACCGCAUGUCCAAAACUGAGUUUGAACAAAUACUGGACUGGAUGUGCGGUGAAGGCCAUAUUUAUUCUACAAUUGAUGAAGAACAUUUCCGCGCCACUGAUGCUUUUUAAAAGCAAACAAUUGAAAUUGUAUUCACAUAAACAUGUUACACAGUUUGAAUGUGAAAAUAAUUUGUUCACUUAACUAAGUAAAAGCUUCUAUUCAUACAAAUUUAACUAUUAUAAUCAUUUAUAGUAGAAGCUACUUAUACCUAAAUAUAUUUAUGUAUCCAUCCUUGGUAGUUUAAAUUUAUUAUUCAUAUACAGUCUUAUCUAAAAUUGUACAACAUUUGAGUCUACGGAAUAUCAUUGUAGAUUCAACAAAAACCCCAACAUCAAUUUAGAUAAAAAAAAGAAAUUGUAGAUUCAUAAAAAGUUCUUGGCUGAAUAUGGUGUGGUAACUUUAGAGGGAAACUUCUUCAUUCCAUGAAUUCAACAU